GUGGAAGAGAGCCCCACCAUCUUACGAACCAGUUGAAGGUAGCCAAGAGCCGCAGGGGAAAGGGCUGCCAGGGGAACUCCCGGGAUGCAACAGCUAAGCCUCCCCCGGGCGACCAGGAGUCAGUCCUCCGCUAUCCCAGAGUGCCCCGAAUCCCGGAAGUGCCUGGCUUCCCGGAAGUGCCGGGCUGGCUGACAGAGCCGGGACUUGCCACAGCUCUGCAAUCGAAGUGUUGCGGGUUGCGGGCCGGGGUUGGCGGCUGGAGGUCCGAGGUAUUUCCGAGCCAAGAUCCUCUCGAUCGAGCAGAUUUCAACGCUGUGGAAUAUAUCAAUACCCUGUUCCCAACGGAACAAUCUCUGGCAAACAUAGAUGAAGUCGUGAAUAAAAUUAGACUGAAAAUAAGGAGACUGGAUGACAAUAUUCGAACUGUCGUGAGAGGUCAAACAAAUGUGGGGCAGGAUGGAAGGCAAGCACUUGAAGAGGCCCAGAAAGCGAUUCAACAACUCUUCGGCAAAAUCAAAGAUAUCAAAGACAAAGCAGAAAAAUCAGAGCAAAUGGUUAAAGAAAUCACCCGCGAUAUUAAGCAGUUAGACCAUGCCAAACGCCAUCUGACCACUUCAAUCACAACGCUGAACCACCUGCACAUGUUGGCAGGUGGCGUCGAUUCCCUCGAGGCUAUGACCAGGCGAAGACAAUACGGAGAAGUUGCUAAUCUCCUUCAGGGUGUGAUGAACGUUCUGGAGCACUUCCACAAAUAUAUGGGAAUUCCACAGAUUCGGCAGCUUUCUGAAAGAGUGAAGGCUGCCCAGACUGAGUUAGGACAGCAAAUCCUGGCCGAUUUUGAAGAAGCAUUUCCUUCCCAGGGUACCAAGAGGCCUGGAGGACCCAGCAAUGUCUUAAGAGAUGCAUGUCUGGUUGCUAAUAUUUUGGACCCCAGAAUCAAACAGGAAAUCAUCAAAAAGUUUAUUAAGCAGCAUCUGUCAGAGUAUCUAGUACUUUUUCAAGAAAACCAAGAUGUUGCCUGGUUGGACAAAAUCGACAGACGCUAUGCCUGGAUAAAGCGCCAGCUUGUGGACUAUGAGGAGAAAUAUGGCCGCAUGUUUCCACGUGAGUGGUACAUGACCGAGAGGAUUGCAGUAGAAUUUUGUCAUGUCACAAGGACAGAACUUGCCAAGAUUAUGCGUACCAGAGCUAAAGAAAUUGAGGUGAAAUUGCUUCUUUUUGCUAUUCAGAGAACAACUAACUUUGAGGGCUUUCUUGCGAAACGCUUCUCCGGCUGCACCCUGACAGAUGGAACCCUGAAGAAACUUGAGUCCCCACCCCCAUCCACCAAUCCCUUCCUGGAAGAUGAACCAGCACCAGAAAUGGAGGAAUUGGCCAUGGAGAAAGGCGAUUUAGACCAACCAAAGAAGCUUAAAGCCCCAGACAAUCCAUUUCAUGGCAUUGUUUCCAAGUGUUUUGAGCCUCAUCUCUACGUGUAUAUCGAGUCCCAGGACAAAAACCUUGGUGAGCUGAUAGAUCGGUUUGUGGCUGAUUUCAAAGCCCAGGGGCUCCCGAAGCCCAACACUGAUGAAGGGGGGGCCGUGCUCCCCAGCUGUGCUGACCUCUUCGUGUACUACAAGAAGUGCAUGGUGCAGUGCUCUCAGCUCAGCACCGGGGAGCCCAUGAUUGCGCUGACCACCAUUUUCCAGAAGUACCUCCGGGAAUAUGCCUGGAAAAUCCUCUCUGGCAACCUGCCCAAAACCACAAGCAGCAGUGGAGGGCUGACCAUCACUAGUCUCCUCAAGGAGAAGGAGGGCUCAGAAGUAGCCAAGUUCACUAUAGAAGAGCUCUGUCUCAUCUGCAGCAUCCUGAGCACAGCAGAGUACUGUCUGGCCACCACCCAGCAGCUGGAAGAAAAACUCAAAGAAAAAGUUGAUGUAAGCCUGACUGAACGCAUCAAUCUGACUGGAGAAAUGGACACAUUCAGCACUGUCAUCUCUAGCAGUAUUCAGUUGUUGGUUCAGGAUCUCGAUGCUGCCUGUGAUCCUGCCCUGACCGCCAUGAGCAAGAUGCAGUGGCAGAAUGUGGAGCACGUUGGUGACCAGAGCCCCUACGUCACCUCUGUCAUUCUUCACAUUAAACAGAACGUCCCCAUCAUCCGUGACAACCUCGCUUCCACACGGAAGUACUUCACUCAGUUCUGCAUUAAAUUUGCCAACUCCUUCAUUCCCAAGUUCAUCACCCACCUCUUCAAGUGCAAACCAAUUAGCAUGGUGGGAGCAGAACAGCUGCUGCUGGACACCCAUUCCCUGAAGAUGGUGCUGCUCGACCUACCCUCCAUCGGCUCACAGGUGGUGAGGAAAGCCCCUGCCAGUUACACCAAAAUCGUUGUGAAAGGCAUGACCCGGGCCGAGAUGAUCCUCAAGGUGGUGAUGGCACCUCAUGAGCCGCCAGUGGUGUUUGUGGACAACUACAUCAAACUUCUUACAGAUUGCAACACAGAAACCUUCCAGAAGAUACUGGACAUGAAGGGGCUGAAGAGAAGCGAGCAGAGCAGCAUGCUGGAACUCUUCCGCCAGAGGCUCCCCACCCCGCCCUCGGGGGCAGAAGGCUCCAGCUCGCUGUCCCUGAUGGCUCCCACUCCCGAACAGGAAUCAUCUCGCAUCCGGAAACUAGAGAAACUAAUUAAAAAGAGACUGUAGGAAACACAGGGGGCCUUUUAUUUCCAGGCUGGUGACCCUCAGCACCCAGUUCCCCAGAAGCCCACUGGCCUCUCCCAUCCUCCCCUUGACUCUCAGAUUGUCAGUUCCGAGACUUCCUGGGACAUUGUUAGUACAUUUCUGCCAUGCCCUGUUUUAAUUCCUGCCCUAAUUAGAGAAGCGGAGUAAGGGCUGGGCUGUGAAAAAAAGCUGUUGAGGUCAUCUCUAAUUUCUGAAGCAGAGGCAGCGGUGGCUUUCAGCCUGCUAUGGCUCAGCUGCUGUUCCCUGGCUGCUCCUACCUGGUCGGAUGUUCACCAACUCCUAUAGCCUCGCCUCUGCAGCCACCCUUGGGCCAUGCAGGCAGCUAGGUGAGAAGCCUGGCUCUCACCCCUUCCUCCAUCUGCUACCGUUUGAGGUUACCUCCGCAGCCAAAACCCUGAGACUUUACCUCUCCCUCCCUGCGUUUGGCUGUAGGGCCUGAGUUCAUGAGGUAGCAGAUUGCAGGCUCUGGAAACCAGCCUUUCUUUAUGAAGGGCGUGGAGGUAUGAGCACUCUCCCAUGUAAAUCCCAGCGUACGUAUUUUGCUUCUGGUUCUUUUCAUGAUGUGGCCAAGUUAUCCCUGUGUUCUCCUCAUUUCUCAGUAACCACCAGUUCCCUGUCUGUAUGCUCCUACAGGGAGAGAGCCCCUCUGUGUCUCUCACCCAGGAGGCUGUAUGCGCCAGGCCCUGGAAGCCCGGUGUCCUACCUGCCAUGGGGCUUUUGACCUGGAUGGGAGCAGCCUCACAUCUGACUGUGAGAGAGGGUUCUGCGUGGCACAUGCACUGGGUGAUGUAAGCAGAUUAUUUUCACCGUUUCUUUAUUCCCACACGGCUCCUGACUUCUAGGGGAACGAUUGCCUGUCUGAAGGAAGCUGGGAAGCUUUCCUGGGAAAAUGUCACAGAGUCUCUCCUCAGAUGAAGCUGUGGAAAAGCCCAGGAGGCCUAUGCCCGCUAGUCCCCUUCCUGCCUGUUCAUUUUCAAAUCCAGCAUACGUUCCAGAGUCCUGAAACAGCAAGGGCCAUGUGCAGCUUGGUGACACAUCACCUGAUUCCUACUGGAAAAUAACCAGUCCACGGACACCCUAGAAAUGGAACAUGGAUCUUAAACACCAGGCUGGGAACUGGCACAGCCCCCAGUGUACCCUGGGCCCUGGCUUGUCCACCCUGGCCUGGUGGGCCAGCAGAGCUUUGCAGAAGAGAUUUACCACGUAGAACUGCUUCCAUCCUCUUCCAGCGCCAGGACGGUAGGCAGCUUAGCAGGCAGCGCUGUCCCUCACUUGGUGCGCCGUCUGGGCUGACUGUGGCCACAAGCGGCUGCUGUUGGUGUAGGUAUGAGUUCAGGAUUCUAGUUGGUGGCCAGGUACAGGGGAGAGCUGAGAAGGAAGGUGAGCUGUUCACAGAGAAUGUACACAACAGCCCUCACUCGGGGUAAAGUCAGCAUACCAAGUCGGACUCAGAAAUGAAUAUUGUGAACAUGGUAAAGUUUUCUGAAAACCCAUAAAGCUCAUGACACCCAUACAGCAGAAAGCAUUAAGAUUUGAAAAUACGACCAGAAAAAUGGACUAUUUCUUCCCUCCGUGUUUUCCCGAUAUAACCACUGUCCACUAUGCCCCUCCCUUCAUCCUCAGCCUCUUCAGCCACAGCUUUGAUCCAGGGCCUCAUUUUGUCAUUGACUUCCAGCCUUGUCUUGCUAGUCAGUGUGACGCUUAUGUUUUGAGCAUCUCAAAGUCCAGAACACCGAGAAGAAAAUAGCAUUUAAGUGGUGAAGAAGGAGGCGUGGCCUUGAGCUGAGCUCUCUCAGGACAAGAUUGCUAAAUAAGAAAAGGGAUGGAGACGCUUGGGAGAGCACCUGGGAAGCUCAGUCGAGAGAUUUCCUUCUUCAGGAACAGCCUCUUGCUGCUCUGGUAAGGUUUACAGGCAGCGCUAAUUGAAGUUCGCGUUCUCUGCCCCACUCCGGAAAGGGGUGGUGGGCCUGCCUCCAAACAGCACAGCCGGCAAUCUCGCCGUCUUGUCAUCGGCCUGGGGGAGCCGGGAGAGCCAGUGACUCCCGUCCUGGUUCUUGUCAUUCUCAGUGUUUAUAGAUCCGCACUUUUCUUUCUGGUUCGUUCUUGAUGAGCCGUUUUCUGGACGUCUCCACAACGGCACUGAGAUGUCAGGCCGCCUUGUUUUCCCCGUUGGUGGUCACAGCCAGAGGAGUUGCUUUCCUGAUUUAUUAUGUUGUCAGGAAUCUCCAAGGAGCCAACAGAUGUCAGUAGGAGUUAUGUUAAAUGUCUCAUUGAUGGAGACUGAGUGCUGUGUGUGUCCUAUAGAGACUAGCAGGUCUCUCAGCAGGGGGUAGUGUCCGCAUCACCUGGGCCCUUUUCAAAAAUACAGAUGCCUGGAGAUUCUGAAUCAGUACAUGGAGUGGGGCCCGGCAGGUAUGUUAAAAAGUUCCAUAGGCAACGAUGAUGUUCACCCCGGUUAAGAACCAUUGUUGCAAUAGAGAGAAAUGUGCUUUCUUGAGGGGUCCCUGUAGUACAUUUUCAUAAAUGUAUAUUUUUCUGGUUGUCUAAAUGAAGUGUUACCACUCUGUAAUUGACCUGGUACCAGCAUGGUAAAAAUUCUUUGCCGACAGCUAACAGCUUUCAUUUCACACUUGCGUUGAUGGUGGAGACCAUGCCGGGAAUCAAGCUCUCCCCAUACUCACUAGGAUCUUCCUGUUCUGAUGACCAAGCCCCAGUCAGAACCUUUAUUUACUACUGUCACUUCAAAAUAAACUAUGUAAAGAAAUACCAUUGCUGAAAGCAGCUGACCACUCUGAUUCAGCUAAACUUAAAUACUGUACUAGUUCCGUCCCCCACUCUCUCUAGUCCCUUAAAAAACAACUGUAAGUCACUUUAUGUGGUUAAAAUAAAUAUUGGUAAUUUAUAAUUAAUGAAGAAUUACAACUGCUAUGCCUGCAAUGGACAGACUUCUGAUAGCUGACUCAGAAGGGCCCAGGCUGGAGAAAGUUCGGUUGGGCAAUAACAGUGAACAGAAGCCACAGUGGACAGGAAGUGACCUUCAAAGUCAGUUCUCAGAUUAAAGCUAACUACUGUCACUCCUUCCAGUUUCACGGAAUAAAGACCCAGUGCCCAGAAAGGUUUCCCACCCCCCAGAAAGGAUGCUUGCUUUCUCAUGCGUAGGGUGGCCUCCUCAGGGCAGAUCAUACAGGGUGGAGAGCCCGCCACAAGACCAGUGUGUCAACUAUGGGCAGCCCAGGUCAUGGAGCAGGUCGAGGGUGCCGCCUGGCGUGGGGGUGUUACACGGCCCAUCCUGCAUUGCUGCUGGACAAGGAAGCCUGUUCCUUGUUUACAGAAUGUUAGGGAUGUGCCAAAAGUUCACAGCUGGAAAUGUAAUUCCUUUCCCAAGGAAGAGAAGAGAAAUCUCCAAAAUUACUAGCUUGCCUGAGGGCGAAAUCAAAUGUUUCGCCCUUCUUGUCUCCUCCAAGUCAGGUUCCUAAAAAUAAAAUCGUUAGAACUGCAUUGGGCCAUUUAAGCAACAGCCUUGGAAACACGGACACAUAAAGAACUGGCCCAUGUAAAGGGUGCCUUUGCAUUUUGUAUGUUAAAUAAAAAUCUCCAGUCUCGUUCUAGGAUUUAUCAAAACAGGUAGCCUCCGGGGACCUCCAACUUCUACACCUUUGUGAGAUGUACAUUGCCUGAAAGCAAUUGCUUUUUUGUGUAAAUACUUUUCAUUUUCCCCAUCUGGAAGUGAUUUCUUGGUGCAUAUUGGAGGACAAAAAACUACAGUUAAUUAAAGCAUUACUGGAUGUCAUUUGCUAAAAUAUAUUUCCCUACUGUUGACACAAAACAGAAUGGGCUGUAGGAAAGAAUCAUUAAUGAACCUGUGGACCCCAGGCUCCCUCUGGGCCUCUGCCCUUCUCCCGGAAGAUGGCCCUCCUCGCUGACAGUCUGAGGAAACGGCGCACAGGAGUAGGACGUGGGGCUCGUGAGGAGAGGCCUGGCCUGUCCGGCGGCAGAGGAAGCCCUUUCUGUAAAUGUGUGUAGAGUGUCUGCUUCCGAUUUGGAGCCCUUCUUGUGUUCUGAAUCUCUGUUCUGUUGACUUUCCCCUCUCCACCCCACCAUUCCAAUCACGGCCUGCUUGUCCUGUGCCUGCCAGGUGAUGGCCGUCCUGUGUACAGCCAGUUCAUCCUGUUUCCGUAAUAACUGAGUGGGCAUUGUGCAAUGAGAGCUCUUUGGGAGCUCUGAUGUUUCUUUCAGCAGUGGAAAAUCUGUUGCAGUGCUUCCACCCGCUCGGCUUCGAGAUCGGUACCUAGCUUCCAUUCCUUUAUUUUCACCAGCUCCCCACUUUCAUAGGGCAGCCAGGGAUCAAUCUGAUGAGAAAAGAAACACUUCCAUGUAACCCACCUAGAGGGGCAGCAGGAAACAAUGUACCUACCAAGACCUCUUCCCGCUCACCUACGUGUGGGAGGUAAUGGGAAGCAGCCAGAGAUGGAGACAGUGUCCACUUGGAAUGAAAGCAGCCCACAAAAGACCUGGCUUCCAGGCCUAGUUCUGGCACUUUGGCAUUGGGCAAGUCAUAUAUCCUGAGCCUCAGUUUUCAGUAUCUGUGAAAGGGUGUUGUAAUUAGCAGGGCUGUGAGGGUCACACAAGACCACACAUGUGCAUGUGCCCUGUAAGCCUCCAUGCGGGGUGAAUUGUGCAGUGUCUUCAUUAUCAAGCGCCAGCUGGGACCCAUGGCUGCUUAAGUGGUGGCGUGUGACAGCCAGGUGGCUGGCUUGUUCUUCCUGGGCUUUAAUGCAAUGGCGAAGUGACUAAAUGUCCUGCUGUUCAUGUGCACUCUGCAUCUGCAGCAUCUGAAUGUCUAGUCUUUGCCUUUUUAGGUCAUGAUCGUGAUAUCCAAAUGACUCAAGACUUCUAAAAGCCUCUCCGUUUCUGUAUUCCCCUUGCGCUGGCAGCCGCCGUUUCCGUAGCAUUUAGGGAUAAGCUGCAGACACUGAGUGGAAAGCAUCUCCCUCCCGGUGGUGCUGGCUGGGGUGCCUGUUGUGGAAAAUGUGGCACGUUUCCUCCAAAGGCAAGUCGGAAAGGUUGCCACAGGCUUCCUUCCCAAAAAUUCCUUAGGUGUGGUGUCUGGUGUCCACACAGACCUUCAGCUGCCCACUCCUGAAAGCCACAGAACUCCUGCCCACACUCUGUUAUUUUUUGUUGGCUGUUUUUGUUUGUUGUUGUUUUGACACACAGUGCCCAAAAACUCCUAACAAGAUUAUGCUGGAACAAGUACCCCUAACUGGGAAGACUGAGGAUCACAAGCUGUUUCAGAGAAGUUUAGACCUUUUCCAAGGCCAGCUAAAUCCCCGUAAUUGGCUGGAAAGUGACAAAAAUAUCACUGUAUUUGGCUCGCUCAGUCCCCUUCAGGGAGGUCGAUUCUGAGAAUGCAGUGAUUUUAAAAUAAAAAUAGUGUGAAAUGCUUUGUCCCCUGGGAAUGUUUAUCACUUCAUCUGAGGGCUCUGGUAGCUUCUGCUCAGUAAUCAAAUGGAAUUUGCACAAUUGUGGUGCCUCCUUCCGUCUUGGGUAAUUUUUCAACGAGUGAGAAGUGAAGAGUAGCUGCUCCACAAACUUCCCUCUACUUCUGGGGCCAAGAAAAGUAUUUGCAAAGUGGGCCGCAACUUUCAGGGGUACUAGGUGAAAUGGCAGCGGGAAACCAGCUUCUUCCGCUUGCUUGGUUUCUGCUGAUGGGAAGGGGACUUCUCAAGAAAAGGGGAACUGUACCAGCUGCUGAGGAGCCCACAGUCCACAGGGGCCUUCACAAAAUAAUGGACCGUGACUGGGCUGGCUGGAGCAGCCACCGAAGGGCUUUAGCAAGCAAAUGGAAAAAAAUAUCAGAUGUUGCAUAAAGAAGACAUCAGUUCACCCACAGAGACACCCUCACAACCUCAGACUCACACCUGUGCAUCUACAACGCUGUCCUCCACAAGCCCCAAGUGUGUCUCUGUGGCUGGCUAGCAGAGCUGGCAAGAAGAUGGCACUGAUGGUUGUUAAGGUCCCCUGGUCCCACUUGGCUCAGCUCUGAGCCUUGGCUGCAGACCCCAGCUUACUGUCUGACACACACACGGUCUCCUUGAUCAUGAGGGGACUGAGUGGGCAUUCUGAACUGAACUGUGUCCUCAAAACUAUGUAUUGGAAUCCUAACCCCUGUACCUGUGGAUGUGAUCCUGUUUAGAAAUAGGAUUUUCCUUAUUAUGUUACCUGGCUCAUACCCGAGUAGGGUGAGUUCUAAAUCUAAACACUUCUGAGUUAUAAAAAAACAGGUUAGACACAGGCAUGUGCUUGGGAAAGACAGAUACCGUGUGAGGAUCGUCAAGGGACCAAGGAGUGCCCGGGGCAAUGGAUAGGAAACAAUCCACAUGGCCGAGACCUGGAUUUGGACUUGCAGCCUCCAGAACUGUGAGGAAAUAAAUUUAUUUAAGCCACUGA